CCCCACGGGCCCCGCCCCCCGCGCGGACCCCGCCUCCUGGCCCAUCCCAAGAUGGCGGAGAUCCCCCUGUACUUUGUGGACUUGCACGAUGACUUAGACGAUUAUGGAUUUGAAGACUAUGGCCCAGAUCGUGACAGCAUGAGGGUAACGGCCUUUCUGGACAUUCCAGGCCAGGAUAGCCUGCCUCCACUCGUUCGCCUGGAAAAGUAUGCUUUCAGCGAGAACAUUUUCAACCGUCAGAUUAUUGCCAGAGGGCUGCUCGAUAUCUUCCGGGACUUCAGUAACAAUGAGGAGGACCUCUUAACGGUAAUGGAGAUCGUGGUCAGGUUGUCAGAAGACGCAGAGCCCACAGUGCGGAAUGAACUGAUGGAACAGAUUCCUCCUAUUGCUGUUUUUUUACAAGAAAACAGAUCAAAUUUUCCAGUGGUGCUUUCUGAAUAUCUCACACCGAUUGUGGUGAGGUACCUUACGGAUCCAAACAACCAGGUUAGAAAAUCGAGUCAGGAAGUGCUCUUGAUUCUUCUGGAACAAGAUCUGAUUUCCCAGCACGAUAUUGAAAACAAAGUGUGUCCAAUCCUGCUGGCGCUCUCUGCCCCGGACAGUGAUGAUGAAUAUAAAGCAGAAGCUGUGAACAUAAUCUGCAAACUGGCUUCAGUGCUGAGCAAGAGCACAGUUGAACGCCUGCUGCUCCCUCGAUUCUGCGAGUUGUGUGGUGAUGGGAAGCUCUUUCAAGUUCGGAAGGUGUGUGCUACAAAUUUUGGUGAUAUUUGUCAUGCCGUUGGACAAGAAGCCACUGAGAAAUUUUUGAUCCCAAAGUUUUUUGAGCUCUGCUCAGAUAACAUUUGGGGGAUGCGAAAAGCCUGCGCGGAGUGCUUCAUGGCGGUGUCAUACAGCGCAUCCCCCGAGGUCCGCAGAGCCCAGCUGUCACCCCUCUUCAUUAGGCUCAUCAGUGACCCCUGCCGAUGGGUGCGCCAGGCUGCCUUCCAGUCCCUGGGCCCCUUCAUCUCUACUUUUGCGAACCCCUCCAGGGCUGGCCUCUAUAUUCGAGAAGAUGGCACCCUGAGCAUUCGACCGCCAGCUCAGGAUUUGGACUCUGAUUUCGCCUCCGGGUCACCCAGUGCAGGCAACUGUGGUAACACUUCCUCAGCCUGUUCCACAAAGCCGUCGAACACAGAGCCAGAUCCGCCCACGGAAGACCCAUCAACGGGAACCAGUGACUUCCCGCAUGUUGGUAGCUCCUCUGAUGGCCUCAUGGCAAACUCACUAGAAGACUCUGCCUCGGCUGGAGCCGAGUUGACCAGGCUUUCCCCGGAGACCAGUGCCUUCUUGGAGCUCCCUGAUGGCAACCACUUCCCUGUCAACAGCAACUCUGAACCAGGCUCUUCUGCCUGCCCAGAGAGUCCUGAGGAUGUAUUCAAUAAUUUCUUUUAUUGGCGAACUCCUCUCCCUGACAUAAGCAAGGACCUAGAGCUGCUCCUGAGUGAGGCUGGGCCACAGGAGAAAGGCUACGGCAUCCCCGAGACUGUACACCACAGCUGUGUGGCCAGGAGUGAGAUUCAAAAAGUCCUUGAUAGUUUGCAGGAGCAUCUGAUGAAUGAUCCAGAUGUUCAAGCUCAGGUUCAGGUCUUAUCAGCCGCACUGAGAGCCGCACAGCUUGACUCUGUGAAUGAGCCCGAGCACAAGCCGACAGAAGGUCUAAAUGAAGUGUCCGUUUCAGAUCCCAGCCCUGCCUCUGACAAUCAGAUGGCUCUGUCGGCUUCAUCAUCGCAGAAGGAGCUCUCCGUGGCCAGGAUAUUACAAAGCACAGACCCCGGCAAACCCUGUGGUGGAGCCACUGAACAACUGGAGACUGAACAGAGGCAUCUCCCUGCCCCACUUGAGGAGAAUAAGUCUAAAUUACAGGAUAUAAUACCUCAGCCCUUACUAGAUCAGUAUGUGUCGAUGACCGACCCAGCUCGAGCCCAGACUGUCGACACUGACAUAGCCAAACACUGUGCUUAUAGCCUCCCGGGGGUGGCGCUCACCUUGGGCAGGCAAAAUUGGCACUGCCUGAAAGAUACGUACGAAACGCUGGCUUCUGACGUGCAGUUUGCAUGUCCUCGUGUGCGCCCCCAGUGGAAAGUACGUCGGACCCUGGCCUUCUCCAUCCAUGAGCUGGCUGUGAUUCUUGGGGACCAGCUCACAGCGGCUGACCUGGUGCCUGUCUUCAAUGGAUUCUUAAAGGACCUGGAUGAAGUACGAAUAGGAAUUCUUAAACACCUGUAUGAUUUUCUAAAGUUGCUUCAUGAAGACAAGAGGAGAGAAUAUCUUUAUCAGCUUCAAGAAUUUGUAGUGACCGAUAACAGCAGGAAUUGGAGGUUUCGAUAUGAACUAGCAGAACAGCUGAUACUCAUUUUGGAACUCUAUAAUCCCAAUGAUGUUUAUGAUUAUUUAAUGCAUAUUGCCCUAAAGUUGUGUGCAGAUAAAGUUUCUGAAGUACGGUGGAUCUCCUUCAAACUAGUGGUGGCCAUUCUGCAGAAGUUCUACUCCCACAGUGAGAAUGCACUGGGGUUAAGUUUCAUCAGUGAGCUCAUCGUAAGGUUCCGGCACUGCGCUAAGUGGGUUGGAAGGCAAGCUUUCGCUUUCAUUUGUCAGGCGGUGGUGAGCGAGGAGUGUAUCCCCGUGGACCAGUUUGUUGAACACUUGCUCCCCAGCCUCUUAAGCCUUGCGACGGAUCCUGUGCCAAACGUGAGGGUUCUGCUGGCCAAAGCCCUACGGCAGACGCUGUUGGAAAAAGCAUAUUUGAGAAAUGCCGGUAACCCUCAUCUUCAAGUCGUUGAAGAGACCGUCCUAGCUCUACAGUUAGACCGAGACCCAGAUGUGUCCUUUUUUGCCACCCUGGAACCAAAGCGGCGGAGUACGGCAGACACACGUGUGCUAGAAGAACAGAAUUAACCACUCUGUGAUCCCGAGCACUCUGGUCACUUCGCACGUGGCACUCACUCACCACUCACCCCGGCCUGUCGGGUCUGACUGUGUCACAUCUUCCGAAGGAGGAAAGAUUUCUGAAACUUUGAGGGAGGGCCCUCAAAAGAUCCCUUUCCCAUCCGCAGUCCCAGGAACUGCACCUGGGACAGGCCCCACCUUUCUGCGCCCCUACCUGCCUGAUCAGGAAGUCUGUGACAAGGUUGUAGAACCAGGGGGCUCUAGCUGGGGAUGGGGGCCUCCAUAGCAUCGGAUUGCCUUCCCUACGACAGACUAUAUUAUUGAAAGCCCCCCUCCUCCCCAAAUAAAGUAGUUUAUUAGAAGCUUUUAAGUCUUCAAUAGACUUGCAUAUUUGGCUUCCCUCAUGCUUUCCUGUAAAAUACAGUUUAUGGUAUUACAUUUUAUUUUUAACUGAAAUAAUGUACAUAUGUAAAUAACUCUUGACAGGAAGAAAAUAUAUUAAUGUAAUAUUAGCCUCCUAUCAGUGAACAGAACAAAUACAUCAUUUAAAUUUAUGCUCCACUUUGAGUUGCUGCAAAUAGAGCCCAAUUUGUUUACUUUUGAAAAAUGUGAUAGUUAAGGAAAUCUACUAAGGAAUGAUUUAUGGCAGUCUUUCUAAUAUUGUACUUUUGUAUAAACUGUACUUGGAACUUUUUCCUCAGGCACUCACCCCUCCCCUUCUUGUGGUAACUGUAUCCAUAAAGAUGUACUGGCCUUUGACAGGGGCAUAAAGUAGAAAGAUUUUUCAUUCUUACAUGGAUUUAUUAUCAUACAUUUAAGAACGUAUUGAUCAUUGAGAGAAAUUGUUCAUUGAGAUGCACGGAUAUUGGCUUUAUAGCUAAUACUUUAGAAUCUUAACAGAGAAUAGGAACCCAUAGUUCUGAUCAGUCCAUGUACUUGCCCGGGGUUUGGGGGGUUGAAUUAUGACACUCUUCAAAUUGACAAGUAUACAGAACUUAGAUUUCAUGCUUUUAAAAUUUAGACUAAGAUGCUCUGGAACUUAAACAGGAUUUUCAUUAAUAAUUUGAGAUUCUAUGAACGUUUGAGUACAUUCUGCAUAACAUGUAGGCUCCAGUUAUUUUUCUUGUUUCUAUUUUUAAUCCCCUUGAAGGCAGGCCUAAAGGAAGGAAGGAAUGGCCCAUUUGGGGUUCAAGAGCUGGCUGCAAAGAGCAUGCUGCUGUUGCCAUUCUUUCCUUGGAUCUUUUUCUUGUGGGUCUUGUCUUUUCUUUCUCUCUCUUUUUAAAAUAAAAUUUCUGGAGCUAUAUAUUGAAUUUCCUGGUAUACAGGAUGUUGUCCCCCUCCCCCAAAUUCCACUGAGCUGAUUCUUUAAAAAGAAAGGAAGGAAUCUAUACCGUGCCAAAGAAAAUAAGGUACAUGUGUGAGAAUUUCAAACGGUAACCCAGAGUAGCAUUUUGGCAACUCCAGCAGAGCGUGAGCUAAUAAAUUGGAGGCUACAUAUUAAGAGAGAAAAAAAUCAGUCUAUUUUGUGUUCAAUACUUGCCUAAAGUAAAUAGAUGGAGAUACUGUUUUGCUUCAGUAACAACUUUUAAUUUUUUUUUUAUUGUGUAGAAAUUGAAAUUGUCAUAUUGUAAAGUCUGUUGAGAGUAGAAUUAUGCAACUGGAAUCUUGUGUUCUGUGCAGAGCUUCAUUUUCCAUUAAGGAAAAAAAAUAAGCCUCGGUUUGUGUUGUGAUGUGUGGAGUCUGCAUGCUGAAUCCAAUGUGCUUGUAGAGAUCUGUAGAGACCCUUUGGUAAAUAAUCCAGCCUUUAAAAAGUUGAGCUUAUAUACUAAAAAUGGCCUGUAACUUAA